UCUUUAAAAUCUCAUACAAAAAGGGAAGAAAAAAAAAAGGAACUACACCUAAUGGAAGGAUUCAAAUUCUUGAAUGAUUUUCGUCGAUUGGUACCGUUUUUGGCUAUUGUUUUGAUGAUUUUUAGCAUCAAAGUUUCUGGGCAAAUUAGUACAGCAUGUAGCGCUGCAAUGCUACGUAGCUUUAACCCUUGUAUAAACUUCAUGAGCAAUGGUGGUUCAGGUUCACCAACUUCAGCUUGUUGUCAAUCUCUCAAGGAACUUACAAGCAGUGGCAAAGAUUGCCUCUGCCUUAUUGUAACUGGAAAUGUUCCUUUUAAAGUACCAAACAGAAAUUGGGCAAUUACCCUCCCCAAAGCUUGUAACAACGGUGGUGUUCCCAUCGAAUGCAAAGGUUCUGCUACCCCUCUUCCAGCUCCAGGUCCAGCUGCCUUAGUACCAUCAGGGUCUCCAAGAUCAUUUCGAAAUCCUAGGUCACCUGCAGCUCCUAGCCCUGAAGGUGACGAUAUCCCUGAGCCGUUCAAUCCUCCUUUGGGACCAGUGGGUGAUACAACACCAGACUUAACACCACCAUCUCCAUCAGGCGGCAGCUUGGGAAAUCCUUACAAUGGUUUCACACCGCCAUCUACAACAAACGGUGGGUUAGGAAAUCCUGAUACAAGUUCAGGAUUCAAGCCUGAUUUGACUCCUUCCUCUUCCCCGAAUUCGCAGAAACUUUCAGUAUUUGUACUUCUAGCAGCCUGUGGAGCAAUUGCGUUGAAGUUAUACUGAAUUGAUUCACCCCCACUCCCUUCUCGCCUUUUAAGAUGUACUCGUAGUUUAUGAACAUUGUUUUACAUUGGAUAACAGAUUGCAAAUAUUAUUUGUUGUUUCCUUUUAAUCAAGUUGUACUGCAGUAUAAUGAAAAUUUUGGGAUUCUAGAAA